AUGUGGGGGGCGGGGGCGGCGCUGGGGGCGGGCGCGGUCGCGUUCGUGAGGGGCCUGCGCCCGCCCCCGGAGCUGGCGGGCGCGGUGCCGGCCUACGCGGCGCUGCUGGCCGCCAUGGCGUGGCGCGGCCUGGCGCGAGGCGGGUACAGCGCGCCGGGGGCGAUGCUGUUCCUGCUAUCCGACGCUGUGCUCGCGCAUGCGCUGUUCAAUGGACCCGUGCCAUACGAGCGGCUGGCGGGCGCGGUGCCGGCCUACGCGGCGCUGCUGGCCGCCAUGGCGUGGCGCGGCCUGGCGCGAGGCGGGUACAGCGCGCCGGGGGCGAUGCUGUUCCUGCUAUCCGACGCUGUGCUCGCGCAUGCGCUGUUCAAUGGACCCGUGCCAUACGAGCGGCUGGCGGGCGCGGUGCCGGCCUACGCGGCGCUGCUGGCCGCCAUGGCGUGGCGCGGCCUGGCGCGAGGCGGGUACAGCGCGCCGGGGGCGAUGCUGUUCCUGCUAUCCGACGCUGUGCUCGCGCAUGCGCUGUUCAAUGGACCCGUGCCAUACGAGCGGCUGGCGGGCGCGGUGCCGGCCUACGCGGCGCUGCUGGCCGCCAUGGCGUGGCGCGGCCUGGCGCGAGGCGGGUACAGCGCGCCGGGGGCGAUGCUGUUCCUGCUAUCCGACGCUGUGCUCGCGCAUGCGCUGUUCAAUGGACCCGUGCCAUACGAGCGGCUGGCGGGCGCGGUGCCGGCCUACGCGGCGCUGCUGGCCGCCAUGGCGUGGCGCGGCCUGGCGCGAGGCGGGUACAGCGCGCCGGGGGCGAUGCUGUUCCUGCUAUCCGACGCUGUGCUCGCGCAUGCGCUGUUCAAUGGACCCGUGCCAUACGAGCGGCUGGCGGGCGCGGUGCCGGCCUACGCGGCGCUGCUGGCCGCCAUGGCGUGGCGCGGCCUGGCGCGAGGCGGGUACAGCGCGCCGGGGGCGAUGCUGUUCCUGCUAUCCGACGCUGUGCUCGCGCAUGCGCUGUUCAAUGGACCCGUGCCAUACGAGCGGGUGAGUCGACAUUGACGCACACCCGACGCGCGGCGACGCUACACUUUUCCCCCUAUAUAAAUAGUGUGGGUAGUUUGGAAAGAUCCUUUCGACUUUGCAUUUUACUGUGAUUGAUCGAUAUUAAGAUCAUCGAUCGAUACAAUUCUCUAUGACAUUAUUAUCGAAAGUAAAAGAUGAGGUAUAUCGAUUGUUAAAUUUCUUCAUACCAAAAAUGUACUAACAUAAAUGAUACCACAUUUUUUAUGUUGAUGUAAAUGUUUUUUCAUACUUUUUGUAAUACUCGUGUCAUAUGGUUAGUAAAAAAACUCAGUUUGACUCUCUCUCUCAAAUUAAUUCUAUUUAACAUUUUAUCAAAAGUAUGAACAAAAUUGGUAUAUUAUUUCAUGUAUCUAAUCAAUUGAAAUCAGGAUCAAACAUUGACAUAUUAUCUUGUGUACAUGGCAUUGUUUUUGUGAUGAAUUUCUAUUUCACAGCCCCUCGUCGCAUCUCAAAUUUUUAAUUUUUUACCACAGUUUUUUUGCAUAUUUUUUAUUAAAUCAGCCUUAUUUGAAACAGAUACACGGCUAUAGGAACAUGUUUACCAAUUGCAUAUGUUUGUAUCCAGGUGCUAGUGAUGUCUACGUACUA